GCCGCCUUCGACUGGGAGGAGGACCGCGGCCCCCGCGCGCUGCUGGGCCGGCCGGCCCUCACGCCGUACGGCGCGGGCCACAUCAGCCGCGCCGUGGCCACGGCCCAGGGCAUGCGCUUCCUCACCGUCAGGCUUCUCCCAGGGGCCGGAACGGUGCAGGCGCCCGAGCGCUCGGUGCUGGCCUGGCAGGCCGCCGUGGAGCGCUGCCUGGGGACGUGCGUGAGGCCGCCCGACGCGCUGGACCCUGCCACCAUCAAGAUUGCAGACAAGGGCGCGUCCACGUGGCUGCAGCAGUGGGAGCAGGCCAAGGCCAAGACCAUGGCCAAGAGCAGCAGCCUCGUCGUCGCGGACACGGUCAGCCGCGGCUCCAAGCUGGUGUACCGGCUCGUCGCCCCGAGCGCGAACGCGGCCCGCCUCGUGGGCAUCGACGAGCUGCAGCAGUGGCCCCAG